AGGGAUUGGAACACCUGAAUCACAUGAUAUGGAGGGGAUUGGAACACCUGAAUCACAUGAUAUGGAGGGGAUUGGAACACCUGAAUCACAUGAUUGGGAGGGGAUUGGAACACCUGAAUCACAUGAUUGGGAGGGGAUUGGAACACCUGAAUCACAUGAUUGGGAGGUGAUUGGAACACCUGAAUCACAUGAUUGGGAGGGGAUUGGAAUACCUGAAUCACAUGAUAUGGAGGGGCUUGGAACACCUGAAUCACAUGAUUGGGAGGGGAUUGGAACACCUGAAUCACAUGAUUGGGAGGGGGGAUUGGAACACCUGAAUCACAUGAUUGGGAGGGGAUUGGAACACCUGAAUCACAUGAUAUGGAGGGGGGGGGGACAAUACUUGGGGCGAUAUAGUUCAGCUGUA